AUGCCUAGAAAGGCUAUGGCAAACUUUGAAGUUUUUCUGGAAAUAAUGCAAAACAGUGAAAUUUUCGAUGAAAAUGAACAAUUAAAGAGUCGUUCAGAUAAAGUGUGGAAAGAAGCGUCCCUAAACAUUUCUGACAAAUUAUUACCAAAUACAUUAAAUUUUUACCUGAGAAAUAAUCGAUGGAAUUUAAAAAAUAAAUUAGAAAAAUAUUUCAACAUCACUGCAGAAGAAAAAGAUGAAGAAGAAGAAAUAGAAGAAAUGGACAGCAAUUUAAGUGACUUUAGUCAAGAAUUUCAACCAUAUGAUUUGGUAGAAAAUAUUAAUAAUAAAUUACCGAAAUUUUGGUUUGAUUUAACGUUAGCGGAUGAUCAAUGGUAA